CUUUUGUUGACCAACUUUUGUAGUGGGAAGAGGUAUAGGUCUUCGGUUUACAAAAGGGUUCAGCUCUAGAGAAGGUAGAGGUUCUCUAAGCUGGGGCUUGCGGAUCUGGAAUUCGGCAGUUUGAUCAGUGUUCAUCGUUUCUUCUUGUCUUUUGUAAUUGUGUUCUUUGUGUCAAAAUAGAAAAUUAAACAAAGGGUCUCCCAGACUGUAUUCUGGGACGUGGAAGUAAACCAUUGCACUUGGGCAAACCACGUUAAAAAGGUCUUUGUGUUCCUCAGUUUUCUGCUGCUUGCUUAGUUCCCGUUCUUGUUCUGUUUUCGUCUGGGUUUCUUAGCUCGAACAGAUGAAUGUUCUUGCUUUGAGAAUCUGCCCGCCAGUUAAGAGCACUUGAAACGAUUGGGCUGAAAGUCUCUAAGCCUGAUUCCUUCUUUUAUUAAGUCUUACAAAUCUAUCUAAUUGGGCUUUGUUUUAUUCUUAAGCCCAUUUAUUUUAAAGAGAAGGAACAAGGACGUUAUCUUCAAAGAAGGAAAUCUAUUCCUUCUUUUCGUCUCCUUCUUCCAUUCUUUUUCUUCUCUGUUAGUCUUUUCCUUUCUCCACAAUUCCAAUCCCUAAUUCCAAUCCCUAGCUUCUUUUUCAAAACAACUUGCAAAAAGUUCAACCUACACAUGGCUUGAGUAAAGGUACAAGCAUGGAAAAGAAUAGACUGGGGGCACGUCACCAACCAGAAAAGUUGGAUUGGUGGGCAUGCCAAGCAAUAUGCAACGUGCUCAAAACACUCAUGAUUGCAUAAAUUUAGGAGUUCAAAAGAGGAUAGACAAGGUUGUAAUAUGUCAACCAAACUUAUGGGUAUGGUGGCAUGCACAAGAAGUUUCAAUAUGCAUAAAAAAAAUGGUAAAAAAAUGGGGAAAGGUGGUUGUGGGCUAAGUAACAAAACUUUUAGGGUCUGGAAGCAAAGACAAAUGAGUCAUGUAUGUGGCAGUGGACUUGUAAAGUUUAAAUACCCAUCCCCUCAAAGUAAUGUGAAGAGUAGACAUGAAGCAGUUUGGGGAAAACCAAAGCAGAUAUGGGCUUGUGGCUUCCCUUCGGAUCCAAAAGAAUUGAGAAUACAUUAUGUACCUCAUAGAGCAACUCACAACCACAUGGGUCGAUGUUAACAACCAGAUGAGCUGGUUGGGAUAACUCGAGCAGAGAGGCAUAAUAUCACAUGUAAGGAUGGCAAAAAUCAUUUUGGAAAAUGACAACCUUUCAUUAAGAUGGAGAAUGCCUCUUUAGUGUAUACAUCUCAAUUGAAAGAAGGAAGUCAUGUGAUGUAUGGAUGGCUUGUGUGGUUUGACCAAUGGAGUUGGUAGUGAGUGUAUACCUAUGGAUCCUUAGUUACUGCUAAAGGCUGUGGAGAGUGGUGAUACUUCCCAACUCUUGUCAUAAAAUAUAUAAUUAAAUAAAGUGGUAAACAAGCCACUCAAGUUGGCUUUUGAAUGGUAUGACUCAAGUAAAGAAUACCAUCUCAGUUGAUGGAUGCAUGGAAGCAUCAAUUUAUAUAAGAAGAAUUGGAGUGACCUUGUCCUUAUAGAGAUGAGUUUUCUUUUAUUAGUGGGACACUGGAUAGCCUUCUAUCGUGUUUCAUUUACUUGGCCAGAAAGGAAUUGGAUUGCUAAUGUGAUUUGUUGUCUAGACAAAUAUGGCUACAUAAUCCAGUGUUUGUUUCGACUGGUCGUGUACUUUGUAUAAUUGGUGUCAACAACUUAGUUCAUAAUCUUUUAUGAACUAAGUUGGGGGGGGGGGGCAUUUGUAUUAACUAAAAUAUUUUUCAAUUAAAAUACUACUUAGAUGGUUUUGAAAACUUAGCGGAUUGCCUGGUUGACCGUAUGUUGGUGAAUAAUAGUUGGGGCAAGGUGACCAUCCAGUAUUUGGUCACCAUGUGCUAGUCUCAUGGUAACCAUCCAGUCUCAAAGUAGAUGGUACCAUCCCAACCUAUGGUGGAUCGUAUCACCCCAAAUAUCAUGGAUAUCAUCCAAUCCUGUGGUGGAUAAUACCAUCCCAAAUAUCAUGGAAACCAUCACAACUCUAUGGUGGAUGGUACCGUCCCAAAUAUUAUGGAUAUCAUCCCAACCCCAAAGUGGAUGGUACCAUUCAAUAUAGUGAACACCGUCCAACCUCUUAUUGGACGGUGACCAUCCCACGUCAUGAAUACCAUCCAAUUCUAUGGUGGAUGGUACCAUCCUAUAUAAUGGACACCAUCCAACCUCUUAGUAGAUGGUGACCAUCCUUUAUGAUAAACACCAUCCAAAGUACUAAUUGGAUGGUAACAUCGCGUAUCAUGGAUACCAUCCAAAAUACUAGUUGGAUGGUCCCAUCCAUAUUGAAACACGAUGACAUGAUGUGGCGUCUAGAGACUUCCUAUGAUGACAACCGACUUCGUAGAGGCUAAGCGGAGCUACUUUUCGGGAGGAGGAGAGAGAGAGCAGUUGGACGAGUUUGGGCAACAAAACCUGAAGCAAGACAGACAAUCAUAACACAACACAAAAGACAACUUGUCUCAUUAUCUUUGUAGUUUGUCAUUUACAGAGCUCUCCUCCAUGAAGGAUCCUCCAUAGCAAUAGUCUUAGUUGUAGUCGUGGAGCUCUCAAGUAAUCUCCAUAGGAAUAUUGUAAGAUAACUUCGAUUCCACAUACACCAAACACCUUCGUUCGAAGAGGUGUGGACCGUAGUAACGAUCGUCACCUUCAUAGAAGUCACCCGCAACCCAACCACCCAUUUUUCUACCGAUGACAUCGGUAUACCGCUUCUUCCAUUUCCGCGUCCGAUUAUCGAUAAAUACGGUUAACGGUUUAACCGUUAACCGCAAUACCGUUUACCAUCUCUAGGGUGUUUGGAGUAAAAUGAAAAGAUCUCCUGCUGGUAGGGCUGGGAAACAGUCCGGUUCGGUUAAAACCGGACCGGAUUAACCCGGCUUUUUGAAACCGUAUUGAACAAUCUCAUGACCGAAGACGGGAUUGGAUUAUUACCCGGUUUUAACCAAACCUAAUUGGAUACAAAACGGUUUGGUCCGGUUUUGUUUAUUCCCUAGCCAAAAACGCUGGCGUUUAAACAAAAUUGAUAAAGAAAAAUUAACUCUCACCUCCCACUCGGUACACACUCACAAAAUCCCCAAUUACCCUGACAAAACCCCAUCCCCUAGUCUCUUGUCGCCGCUCUCUUCUGGUAAAAUAUCCCAAUCCAUAUUCCCCAUCUCUAAUCCCUAGCUCCGAUUCUACUUCCGAGUUCAUCCAUCCAUCACCUUUCCUUCUUCAUCUUCCCACCUCCCUCUCCGCUGUGAUAUCUCCCCGAAGUUGUGCUCGCCGGCCCCGCAUCCUCUUCCUCCAUACACGAUAUAUCCACCGAUUGGCGAGUAGAGCCUCCGAUCUGAGUCCGGAGAUGGUGAUUGACAACAAGAGUGCGACAACACCUGCAUGCACCGCCACCGUCAUACAAAUCGUGAACAGAAGUGCGACUUCCCUUGCAUGCACCACCACCGCCUUCAAAUCGGGGGCGGUUUCAACUCUGAAAUCAUCGUCUCCAUUGUCGUUGCUAUCACCGUCGUCGUUGCCCAAAGCAGUGAGGAGACCUCGACCACGACCAGAAUGGGCAACUCGGUGCCGUCGGGGAGGAGAGAAGAGUCAGCGGCUGCUUCGAUGGUUGAGCGGAGAUUUCGACCGCUCGUCUUCUUCUUCGAGACCAGCCUAUGGGAGGCGGCGAGAUAGGUGAGUUCGUGAGUAUCAGAUUGGGUGGCCUUGACGAUUAGGGUUUUGAAAUAUUUGAGCUUUUGUGUUUGAAUGGGCCUAUAUUUGAGAGGGGAUUUGGGCUUCAGGGUUGGGUUGGGUGCAAGGCUAGGCUGAUCCAGUUUUUCGGUUUUUCCCGGUUUUAACCGGGUUAUAUCUGGUACGGUUUUUCUCCAAAUACUAGCAACCGGAAUCCGGAUCGGACUGGGUUGUAUCCGGUUUCCUGUUGCAACCAGGACGGUUUAAAUUGGCCGGUUUUCGGUUUGACCGGAAAACUGUAACCGGAUUUCCAGCCCUACCUGCUAGUUUGUUGCUGAAAAUUAUAACUGAUAAUGAAGGGUAUUGCGCAAGAUGUGUUGAUUUUGCUAGUAUGUUAGCAAGCUCGAGUUUUGGUAGUAGAUUCUGUGUACAGGGAGUAUAAUGAGAGUAGUGAGUAGUAUUGAGUAAAUAACCAUAACAGUGAACUGUAAUUUUCUCGACAAGCUUGAUUUAGUUGAUCAAUUGAAAGCUUAAUAAGAGAACAACAAUUAUCAACUAAAGCUAGAGAUCGGCUGAGGGAUGGCUGUGUGUAAGCACUUGCACAUGAAGAGCCGGGCUUCUGAAUCCAUCCAAAAUUAUAAAUCGUAGCUGUUUGCAGAAACAGGCCAAGGAAACGUCAAUUUCCCAGACGAAUCACACCCAAUUGAUCUGAAGCUUCUACGUCCAUAUAUAGAUGUACAGUUAAUCGCCGCAAAGUUUGGCUACCGUCAACUGCGCCUAUAGUAUAGUGGUGGAAUCGACCCCCCAGUCUUACCUUUCCUUUGUUUCGCUUUCAGCGGGAUAUAACCGCGUUGCCUCCAUUUGAGCUUUGAUUUGAUGGUGAUUACCAUAUCAUUUGCAAUCUUAUUUCCAUGUAUAUCCCCUGUCAUUGAUAUAGAUAUGCCUGGAUGUGAAGGACAAGUUCAAUUUGGUGACAAGAUUAAAUGGACGGGUGAUAGAUUGGAGGGUUGCAGAGUACACUUUUGGAGUGACCUGACCGGAACAGCUAGCUAGGAGCUGUGUGGAAAUGAAUGAAUAUAUACUAGUUCAAAUGGAGUACGGGACUUCCACGGAAACGUGCCUUUGAUUCGGGCGCAGCCAUAUAUAUGUAUAGUCCUGAAACCGACGGUAUUUUUCUGUUCAAGUGGGGGUUUCCCCUCUUUUUGUCUUUAUUAAAAAAGACAAGAUUGAUGUGCAGUGCAGACCGAUGGUGUUACUGUGAUAACUGUUUUAACCGGUAGUAUUUGGUUAAUUUGGAUAAUUGGUUGUGUUUGAUUAAAUUUUUUAGCUUGUUUGAUUUCGGUGGUUUGGUUUGGUUUCAGACACUUCUAAGUCCUAACCAAUCAAAUCAAAUUAACCAGUUAAGUAAUUAGUCAUGUCUAUUAUAUACAUAUAUUUGGUUAAUAUAUAUUAUAUACAUAUAUUUAAUACUUGAGUGUCAAAGUUCCCUCCCUUUUAGCCUCAUAAAAAUAAAGCUCAAUAUUGUUCCUCUAUUGUAUAUUGUAUAUGUAGAGUGUAAACCGCAACAUAUGAAAGUCUAGUUUAGAUAAAAACUCAUACAUUAUCUUGAAUGAAAAUUUGAAAGGAAUGUCUUUUUCAGCCUAUGAUAAUAGCUAAUAGACUAAGUCAAUUUAC